AUGAAUUAACCAAAAACAGAUUUAUUAUCAGUCACACCAAGAAUUCUAUCUAGUCGUAAUAGUUAACCAAGUAAUCAAUUAUUUUAUUACUAGAUGAAUAGUUAUUAGAUGAUGCUGGCAGAAAACCUUCUAUUCUUUUUACAAAAUUAGAUAAAAUAUAGAUUUCGAAUGAACCUAGUGAUAGUGUUCAAUCAAACGAGUCAGAAGAAAUUCCAAUUAAGUUUAUGCAAGGAUUCAAAAAUAAAGUUUGGAAAGAAAGAGCACUGAAUGUUAUAGUUUUAGUAGCUAGAUUUGUUACAUAUUUAUUGACAAAUUCAGACAAAUUUAAAUUGAGAUAUUUGGAAUUAAGAUAAUUCAAAGUAAUUGGUGAUCAAGCAGCAGACUAUAAUUAUUAUUUGAGCAAGCGAUUAAUUCGAGCCAGAUCAAAGAAGCAAUUUUGCGUAAAUAUGGCUAAGUAAUUAUGAGUUUCACCUCAAGAUGUUUACGAAGAAGAUAAUAAACUUUUUGAGAAGACUUGGGAUAAGUGUAUAACCUAUAACGCCAGAUCAUACAUUAAAAUUGCUAUGGGAUCUUUUUGUUUUUACAAUCCUAAUCAUCAAUAUAAUUUAUAUUCCAUUAAAAAUAUCAUUUGAAAUAUAGGGAUCUAACAGUGGAAUAGAUUUUUUCUUAGAAACCUUGCCUUAAUAUGUAUUUAUAUGUGAAAUUUUAUUAAAUUUCAAUGUUGCAUAUUAUAGUAGAGGAGUCUUAGUGUUGAAUUAAAUUUAAAUAGUGAAACACUAUUUAAGAGGCAAAUUUAUUACUGAUUUCAUAGUACUCAUUCCUUUUAUGAUUGGAAGAUCCAAUGUUCCUUAUAUAGAAUUUGUAUUACUAUUUAGAAUUUCAAGAGUAAAUCAAUUAAAUUAAAUAGAUUAUGUUCAUCUUUGAAAACCUAGUGGAAACCUUGAAUUUGAGAGUAAAUUUUGCAGCUGUGAUAGAUUUAGUCUCAUUAUUAGCAACAUUUCUCUUUGCUUCUCACUUAAUUGCAUGUGUUUGGCAUUUUAUAGCUGUUUAAGAGCAUUUAUUUUCUGAUUCUAUUUUUACUUGGGUUGAUAAAGCUGAAUUAGAAACUGAUUGGGUAAGCAGAUAUAUAACAUCUUUUUAUUGGGCAUGUAUUACAACUUUAACUAUUGGUUAUGGAGAUAUUACACCUGUAAAAUAAUUGUUAUAUAUGUAGGUUACAUAAAUUGAAAAGUUGUUUGUUAUAUUUGUAACUCUAUUAAGUUCAAUAAUCUUUGGUUAUACUAUAUCUAGUAUAGGAGGAAUAUUUGCUUAAAUGACAGAGAAUAAAAACUAUUUAAGAGAUAAAAUGACUAUGAUAGAUUCCUUUAUUAAAAGAAGAGGACUAAAUAAAGAUCUAUAAAUUAAAGUAAAGAAAUUUUUUGAAUAUUAUUUAAAAACUUUAAAAAACACAGAUUCUGAAUGUGAAAAAUUGAUGGAACAUUUAUCAGGCACUUUAAUUAGGGAAGUAAAAAUAGAUUUUUAUAAAACUCUAUUUGAUUAAUCUAAAUUAUUUAGAUAAAAUUUCUCAGAGGAAUUUAUAGCAAAUCUUUGUUUAUUAGUUAAAGAGUAGAGUUUUGUGCCAGAAGAGGUGAUAUUUUAAGAAGGACAACAAGUAGAUAAAAUAUAUUUUAUAUUAAAAGGUGAGGUGGAAGCCUAUUUAAGAAAUAAUAAAUUAGUCAAAAUUUAUAAAAGAAAGUAAGCCAUAGAUGAAAAAGGGUUUAUUUCAUAAAAUUGUGCUUAAUUUACAUCAAGAGCUGUAAAGUUCUCUAAAUUGGCUUAUGUAUCUUUUGAUGAUGUACUAAGUUUAUUAAAGUAAAAUAAAGAAGAUUUAGAAAAAUAUUAUAGAAUUAAACAUUAAAUAUAAUUUGGUGGAAGAAUCAAAUUUAGUGGAUGCGAACUUUGUUAUUAAAAUCAUAGUUUUACAAAAUGUCCCUUUGUAUUUUACACUCCAAAUAGUAUAACACUAUUUAAAAAGAAGGCAAACAAUGAUUAUUAGAAGAGACUUUUUCUUUAGCGGUAGAAUGCCCAAAAACUUUAAGCAAAUAAAUCAAUGUUAAAUUUAAGAUAGCUAUAACGAAAUAUUUUAGAAUAUGGUAAUUAGAACUAUUUAUAUACUGAUUUACUUCCUGAUAGUGAAUUUUUUACUGUAAAUAGAGUAGAUGAAAUGAAUUUUGUUGGGGAUGGUUAAUCUAUAUCAGAUGAUCAAGAAUCAAUAAAUUCUCCUGAUAAUUCUGGAACUUAAUUAAAGCAUUAAUUAUCAUCUCAAUCUUAAAAAGCUAAUACUAUGAAACAUUCCAUUUAAAAAAUUGCUAAUAAAAUUUAAUAAGAACCAGGCAUAUCUCAAAUGAGAAUAAAGGUUACAAGAGGAACUAAAAAAUAAACCAUAAAUGCCUCUAGUUAAAAGAUUGUGAAUGAAUUUGAGGACUUAAAAGAUACCAAUUAAGAUAGCAAAUUAAAUCUAAGCAGAUAAAAUAGUAAAUAAGUUUAAGAAACACCUCCUCCUUCUAAUCGAUAUAUUAAGCUUGAGCCAUCAUAAAUAAAACUAAUAGAAUUAGAAAUAGUCAGAGAGAUUUUUGAUAAACAUGAAUUUUAAAUAGAUAUGUAAUAAGAAUUUGAAUUCUAUGAUGUGCAAUUUAAUUUGAACAAUAUUAUAAAAGAUUUAUUUACAAUUAAAAGGAAAAAGAUGCUAUUCCAAAUAAAUAGAAAAAGGCAAAAAAAACAAUUAUAUUGUCUGCCUAAUAAAAAAUUGGCUAGUCAAAAUAAUAUUAAUAGUAGCGUAUAUAAUGUGGAUAAUUGA